AUGGACACUUCGCAGGAAGACGAGGGCGCAGCCGCAGGCUCGCCGCGGUUAACUAGGGCAAAGCUGCGCGACAUCGCCCGCGUCUGUGUCAACAUAUUCAGAGCGUUCCAUGUCCGUGACAUCGGUGCAGCGUUCACAGCCACAGCCGCAGCCGCACCACCACCAACCACUCCAGCCACCGCCUGUGAUCAUCGCGGGGCACAGGAAGCGGCAGCAGAGCCACGCGACCCCGACAUGGGCAACCUGCAGAGCGACGCAAAAAGGAAGGGAAAGAAGGGAAAAAGUGGUGUCGAUGGUACAGCAGCGAGCACACCUGGUUCCAUCGCGGAUGGACUGGAGAACGCGACUGAUACUGGGGACGAUGGUGACACAGGCGACGAUGCAGAGACACCUGCUAGAAGGAUUCAGGCGAAGAUUCAAGAAGAGAAGGCCGGGGAGAAACGACAAAAGAGGCAGGCACCUAGGCCACCUGGAUCUACCGAGAGAAAGGUCAGCCAUUUUGUACCGGACUCAUCGGUGAAGAAAUCUCAAGAGCAAGAGAAACCGGAGAAAGAGGAUGGAUCUGAGAAAUCGAUAGAAGCGAUAGAGCCAACGGAAAUAACAGAGAAAAAUGUGCCGUCAGGGACGUAUCUGGAGCCAUUGUCUAGUCAAAACGACAAGCAACAAGAGGUGUUACUGGUCACGGACUCGUGGCGAUUAGCCAACAAGUGUAUGGUUGUGACGGAGACCUCGAUGCCGCCUAGUCAAGAGUCAUCCAGCGAUAGCGUGUUCACUGAUCCGGAAGAAUUGGUCGUCGCGGCGGACGUGGCGAAAAAGGAAGCGCCAAUGGCGCCGCCGGCGCUUCCGGAGGCGUUCGAGGCCAUCAAGAGCCAGGAGGUCGAACGGUCUUCCAUGUCGCCGCUGUUCGAACGAAGAAUUGUUAGAACGUUGAUAGCUGCACUGCCGGAACAGCUCAAGUCGAUACUGACGGAAGUUGAGGUUGAACAGUUCGCGUCUAGAAUCUAUUCUAGAUUGGUGUCUGAUGGUAUUAUCGGUUCGAUCACUAUUGACAGUGCUACACAGAAUAAAGAGUCCAUAGAAGAUCACUCUGAAUGCAGAGACACUCCAUCUAUAUCGGUUAGUUUAACUUCGGAAGGGGUUGUUUCCGGCAAAGACAGACGAGACUCGGAGAAAGAAUCGCUCAAGAAGGAGGUAGAACGUCUUCGAGAGCUCGCGAAAAAUGCGGACAAGGCGACUCAAGGUAAAUCCACGCAAACGUCCCCCACAGGCCUACUUCCGGAGGGAAGUUCCGACGACUCCUCGAAAGGAAGGAGUUCAAGCUCGCUUUUCGAGAGGCCUGUCACUCAGGAUGCCUCUCAAGAUCAGUCGACAGGCGUCACUACUUCCACGUCAUCCAGGAGUAGCGUCAAGGACGCAAAAGUCACCGGAAACGACGCGAUCGUUACACUGCCACCAUGUUCUACAACGGCACAGACACUUUUGUCUCAACGAAGUAUAACUUCGUUGUCAUCGGUGCCACCACCUCCACCACCUCCUCCAAUGCCACCUCCGAUCUUACAACCUAUGACAGAUGAAAUUCACGGAGCACCACCUGCUCCUCCGCCUCCAGCGCCUCCACCAUCUCCAGCACCGUCAGUAGCAAAAUUUGCAGCGUCUAUACCACCUCCGCCACCGCCACCACCUCCACCACCAUCUCUAUCCUCGUCACAGACAUCUCUAAUCGGUUCCAUACCUCCACCGCCUCCGCCAUCGCGACCUCCACCUUCACCUAUGUCAUCGUCUUCUUCUGUUAGCGGAAUUAGCGGUCCUCCAAUUCCGCCACCGCCACCACCACCACCUCCUCCACCUUCGUCUGCGUCUUGGAUGAGCUCAGUGUCGAGUGGACCACCGCCUCCACCACCUCCUCCGCCACCACCAACGCCUCUAUCCGGCGGAAUACCACCACCUCCACCUCCUCCACUACCUUCGACGCUCCUACCCACUGGAAUACCUACACCACCACCUCCACCGCCGCCUAUGGGCAGCAUACCAUGUGGUCCACCACCUCCGCCACCACCGCUUCCUAUGCCAGGCAUUCCAGGUGCUCCACCCCCUCCUCCGCCUCCUCCGCCGAUUGGAAAACCUGGUGGACCUCCUCCACCACCACCGCCGCCAGGAGGAACCCAGGGACCACCACCAGGACCUUGUCCUUUACCUGCACCUCCUGUAGGAGGUUGGAACCCAGCUAGCAGAGCGUGUAUGAGGAAGGAAGCUCUUUGUCCCGAGGUUCCUAUGAAGCCUCUUUACUGGACCAGGAUUUUGGUACCUGUGGUGCCAACAGAGCGUGGUUCCGUCGACGUUUCAGAUUCAGUCGCACAGGUUCCACUAUGGGCGGAGCUCGAGGAAGAGACAAACCUGGACAUGAAAGAGUUCACCGGUCUGUUUUCUCGUCAAGUGACCGCGAGAAAGCCGGUCAAAAAAGCGGACGAGGCUUCAAAACCAUCUAAACUACAGCCAGCCAAGAUCCUCGACUCGAAACGUUCGAAAACUGUGGGCAUUCUGGAGAAGAGUUUGCACGUGGACUUCUGUGAGGUGGAGAACGCUGUUUACAAUUUGGACACCAGUGUGGUUAGCUUGGAAGCGUUACAACAGAUAUACGAAGUUAGGCCGACGCAGAAGGAACUGGAAGACAUAAAAGCCUUCGAAGAAUCGAGCCCCGAAAUGCCCCUGGAUCGACCAGAAGUUUUCCUCAAGAAACUCUCCAGUAUAAAUCACUUUUCAGAGAGGAUAGCGUGUUUGAUGUUUCAAGCCGAGUUCCAAGACGCGAUCUCCUCGUAUUCGUCGAAAUUAACGAAUUUAAGAACCACCUGUGACUUCCUGCGUAACUCUAGUUCCUUGAAAAAAGUCAUGGCGCUUAUUCUUACACUUGGUAACUAUAUGAAUGGCGGAAAUAGGACACGGGGACAGGCGGAUGGAUUUGGUUUAGAGAUUCUGAGUAAAUUGAGAGACGUGAAAUCGAACGUACCAGGAAUUACGUUGCUACAUUACGUCGUUAGAGCGAGAUUAGAUCAAGAGAAGGGUCAUAAUUUCGAAGAACCUCUGCCAUUGCCAGUUCCUGAACCAGCGGAUAUCGAGGCAGCCUCGACGAUUAAUUUUGAGAAUCUCUCCGGCGAAUUGGAGAGGUUAGAAAAGGAACUACAAGCAUGCACUUUGAAAUGCAACACCGUAGUGGAGGCAGAUCCUGAAUCGUCAGCACCAUUCAAAGAUAAAAUGGACUCGUUCUUCCGUGAGGCUGCAGCAGAAUUAGUGAACGAACAGGAAGCCUUACUCGAGGCGAAAAACAAAUUCAAGGCUGUGAUGCAAUUCUAUCAGUACACGCCGAAAGGAAGAAACCUAGAUGCGGCUGAUCCUAAAGACUUCUUCGUCCUUUGGCUGAGCUUUUGCCAGGAUUUUAAAGAUAUCUGGAAGAAAGAGCAACAAAGAAUAAGAAAGGAACGAAUGGAGGAGAUGCGAAAGAAAUACCAAAGUAAAAACAAGGUGGAAAAAUUGAAACUAAGCGCCACGGGAUUGAAAGCACGGCUUCAGAAACUCUCACGCAAGUAGUGAUUUUAGGUACACAGAUCGGUCGGUUCGUGCGUUUACAACGAAUCGAAUUUAGUUGUUACUGGUCUUCGAGCGAGGAUAAUGAU